AUGACGUGGUCGUGCUCAAAAUGCACACUGAUCAACCACGACGCGAUGCGCAUUUGCGAGGCGUGCGGCGAGGGGAAACAAGUUAUCAACGGUCUUCUGCCCCGGGGACUCGAGCGGAAUUUAAACGACUUUGCAAAUGCGAUCACGGAGAUUUUCACCGUCACCCCGAAGCCGCCGAGGCCCCCGGAGCCGGCCUAUAAUAUUCUUCCGCGCUCUCGCUCGAUUCCGGCGCGAUUGGACGAUUCCGGGCAAAAAGAUGGCAGUGCCGGGAGGCAAAUAGAGGAAUCGAUAGACUUCAACAAGACAACCUAUUCCUCCACGAUUCGCGAUAAAGAAAAACGGGACUGGGACGAGGCGAAGAAUAUUUAUGACGGCAUUAUGAGCACGUGCAGAGCGAUCAACGAUUGCUUCAUCGACCCUGACUUUCCGCACACUGACGCCUCGCUGGGGGAUUUCCACAGAAGCGGUGAUGUUGUACAGCCGGGCGAACAGAUUAAAAACUUAAUCUGGCUACGACCGGACCGGAUCUUUACUAAAGACGGGCGUCGCUGGGUGUGGGCCGUAUUCCGGGACCCGAGACCCUCGGAUAUUGAACAAGGCUCAAUCGGCGAUUGCUGGCUGCUCUCGGCGAUGGCCAUAUUGGCGGAGAGGCCGGACAUUCUGGAGCACAUCAUCAUCACCAAGGAGUACAACCCGAUCGGCGUUUAUCAGAUACGUGUUUGCGUCGACGGGGAGUGGCGAAUUAUCACGGUCGACGACUUCUUCCCCUGCCGCCCGGAGAACCGGGCGCUGGCCUUCGCGAAUGGGCGCAAGAAUCAGCUGUGGAUCCCGUUGCUCGAGAAGGCGCUGGCAAAGGCGCUUGGAUCGUACGCGAAGCUGCGAGCGGGACGAACUAUCGAAGGGCUCUCGAUGCUGACGGGCGCUUCUUGUGAGGUCAUUCAUCUGGAGGAGGAGGACGCUUGCCCGGAUACGAUUUGGGUGACGCUCUUGAGCUCUAGGGAAGCCGGUUAUGUGAUGGGAUGCAGCUGCGGGGCCGGAAAUCGACGGGCCAACGAUGCCGAAUACAAAAAGAAGGGCCUAUUAACGCGCCACGCCUACUCGAUACUGGAUGUUCGGCAAGAAGGCACCACGCGGCUUCUCCGCCUGCGGAACCCGUGGGGCAAUUUCGUGUGGAAGGGCGAAUGGAGCGAUCAGUGGAGCGGCUGGCCGGCCAGUAUGAAAGCCCGGCUGUUGCCGACCAACGAGCCAAAUUCGGGCACUUUUUGGAUCAGCUUCUCCGACUUCAUGGCCCACUUUGACGCUGUGGACAUUGCUCGCGUGCGGGCCGGGCAGGGCCACGCCGAGCUGCGCGUUCCGAUGGCCAUUGGCGGACCAUUUACCGGCGAUGAUCGUGCCAUGCGCCUGGUGGUCGAAUCGAACACCGAGGUGUGCAUCUCGAUGUUCCAGAGCGGCUCGCGGACCGUGGAUGAUCGGGUAGACAUCCUGGUGUGCGUACACGAGGUAACCCCCACGGGUCAUGUCGGCGAAUUGGUGGCGCGUAGCCCGCGGAAAAUCGAGAAUUUCGUCUCGACCGGGGAGGUGUUUUUGCGGCAAGGCCACUACGUUGUCAUCUGCCACUCGUUGAGCACGAUUGGGGUGAACCCUUUGAAAUCGAAAGGGACCCUCGUAAUUCACAGCAAUCGCCCAAUCUUCGGUGAACAACUACUGUGUCCCCCGCAAAUGUACACCGACUCUCUAGCCAGCCUCGUCGUCAAGGAGGGCAAGAUCCACUCGUCGGUAGAUGGCUGCGUGCCGCGCUACUUGAACAAGGACUUUGGCGGCAUGAUCAUGAUGAUUGACAAUUUCCACGAGAAGUGCUAUAUGCAGGUCCGCCUCGAUUCGAACGGUUCGGAAAACGUGACCUCCUCCAGGCAGGUGAUGCUCAUCGCCGAUUCGAUCCCGCCUAUGCAUCGACAGAUUAUCAUGAUACUGUCGCAUUUUGAGAGCAGUCAAAGCUACCUGAUCCGCCAUCACAUAAGCGUCAGAGGCUCCCGUCGCUCCGGUCUCCAAGACUAUUCAAGCCUCGACCCGAACGCCUUCCACUUCCCGCCAUUCCAGAAUCGCGACAUUGCCCUGUUGCACGAAUAUAAACCGGUGUUUUAU